AUGCGUGCAGCUGCAUCCCACGCCACGGCCGGCCACAUUGCCAGACAGGAAGCACUUGCAAUGAAUUACACUUCCAAUAUGAUCGCGAUGGCGACGAUGGUAUUGAGCGCCGACGAACCAGCGAGCUGCGUCACGAUGCUACGCACACUUGGACAGCUUUGUUCCGGCUCUGGUGUAUUCGAAGGGCUUCAUGAACCGGAAGACGGCGAGUUGGCGGGUCCAAGUAGCGAUGACGUGAGCGACCGCAUGAUGGACAAUGACCUAAUGGAGACACUGCAGCAGCUACGAGUCCUGGCUGAAGCCAAGCAGGAGUACGCUGCAACUCGUGCGGACUAUAUCAAAGGACUUGAAGACUGCCUUGUUCUUUCUGCUAAGGGCUGGGUACUUGCAGGCCUUUCGGGAUGGCUGGUACUCGGCCAGUAUCAAGAGGUCACGCAAGACGACAUGACGGACCCCUACUCGUAUGGCGUCACACUUGUACACUGUAUCAUGAUACAUGGCUUGCGUGGUCGAUGGUGGGCUUCCGACUUUGGACGACGCGGUGUGGCUGAGCUUUCAGUAAUGGACGAUGCAUUGCAGACUGACGAACACAGAUAUUUUCUGUCAUGGGCACGGGCACGUGUAGAAGGCGAAUGA